UCUUUUCACUCAGAGAUGCUUCGAUGGGCCCAUUUAACUGCAGGAGUUCUCUCCGUUGUUAUCCUGUCUUCACUCCUCGUGGUCUUCCUCCGCCGCUGGUGCUGUCUCCGGAGACGAGAGAACUCCACCGCCCAUAACACGUCUAGCCCCAUUUGGAGCGAGAGCUUUCAGGCUAGAAUCUCUAAACUCCACCAAACCAGCCUAAGCCACCAGCUAGAAAUAUCCGACAUGAAACGCAGAGGAAGUAUACAAAAUUCUUGCGUCUCACGUAGCGCGACGGGCGGAUGCCCAUCAGAGUCUGGUCUAUUCAUCUGGACAGACCAUCCGGCUUUGGUGGCAGAAGCGGUAGAGAAUGGGUGGACAAGCUUCGGUUUCCUUGUCCAUGCAUCAACUGCUACGGUUAGCGGAGCAUCUCCGCCACCUGCACUUCUAGGGCUUUGCACGACAGCAGGGAGCGAUGAACCUGGUGUAGUGAUCACAUGGGAAAUUUCAAACGGGUCCGGGGAUUUCACUCAGACAAUCAACUUUAAUCGCAUAUUUAGAGACACAGGUAACGGGAAAACCCCAUUAAUCGUUCUCCGAGCAGCUCUACCGCUACCCGGACCACAACUCAUAUGCUCUGCUUUCCCACAGGAGGCUUACAUUGAAAUCACACUUCUCGAGAUUAUUGGUCCCCGAGGUGUUAGUGACGUAUGCAGUGAACUUGCAUCACUGGAAGGUGAAAAAUCUAUGUUAUUCAAGAGCCAAGGACAAACACCUGUGACAAGAAAAAAAUGGGAUAGGCGAAAUGAGGAAGCAAUUUUGUCCCUAGGACUAGGGACUGGUGGUUCCGAUUACCUCAGCGAGGCACGACUGCCAGGAAAGUUUCCCGCUUCUAUUGGAUUUCAAUCAGAUGGCGCUGUAUAUCUUGAUGGAAUGAAGUUGGUUUGUGAAUCAGAGAAACAUGAGUGGGCGAAGGAAAACAAGGUUGUUGGAUGUGGUUAUGACCCGAGGAAGAGGAAGGUUUACUUCACAGUCAACUCACACUUGGCUCACGUCAUUAACUGUAAAGCAGACGAAUUUGAGACACCUCUCUACCCUAUUCUUGCUUCCAAUACAGAGGCCACAGUUCUUAUUAACUUGGGGCAGUCUCCUUUUCAUUAUGGCCCGGCAAACUUGCAACGCACACCCAACCCGUGCAGUAGUGCUGUUGCCGGGCUUGAGGACAGCAAAGAAUUGUUUUCCAUCGGGAGAUUAGAUUCCCAGUAUUUAAGAAACUUCUUCGUCAACAGAGGAAAUAGUGAGGUGAUUACAAGCGGGAGGACCAUUGUGGGACAUAGCCAUAGACGUAAGCUGGACUAUGACGAAGAAUCCGAUGCUGAUCUUUUUGAGAUUGCGCUAGAGUGUUCUGGUAAACCAAAUAUUGCCAAGUUGUAGCAUUUAUACGAAUAACAUUAUCUCAUCUCAUGAAGUGUA